GCUCGGAUUAGACUUCCGUACUAGUACCGUCCAGCUUGUAAUGCUCAGUGCAUCUCUCCAUACUACCUUAAGGAAAUUCCAAAAAAUGGUGAGCAGACUCCUGUUUGAUGAAGUCGAACUUACAGGACUGGCACCUGAGGAUACUGUCUGGUUGCUGUGUGAAGUGCGAACAAUGACGGAAGGCGGGAGGGGGUCAAAUGCGGAGACCGCCACCGAGCUCCGGCACCCACUUACUCCGGGCCCGAGCAGACAAUGCAGGAAGAACCUAAGAGAGAACCACAAGCCCGACAGAGACAAACCUAAGGUAGUUGAAGAGACCGACAGAGAGUCCAAACCCCCAAAAUGCCAAUCCACGGUCCGGUCCCUGUGAGGCUUCACAAAAAAGACGCCACCGAGACGCUCCGCGUGGGGCCAAUGACAAUCCGCGUGUACGAGGACGGCUCGUUGACGGAGAACCGGGUCAGCAGCGUGCUGCUCGAGGUUCCCGCCGGCACGAGCGGGCCGCCGAUGCACUGGCAUCGUUUCCACGACGAGCUGUUCUUCGUGACGAAAGGGACCAUGACUUUCGUUACUCCGGACGGGGAGGUGACCGCCUCGGCGGGCGAUCUGAUGACCGUCCCGCCCGGGGCGAUACACACCUUCAAGAAUGCGUCUGAGACGGAGGACUGCGAGUGUUAUAUGACCGCCACUCCAGGACACUAUGUGGAUUACUUCCGCAUGCUGGGCAAAGCAACGGAAGCUGGGAAGCCGCUCACCCCGGGAGAUGCCCGGCAUUUGAUGGCUCUGUUUGGGACUUUCCCGCCGGAUGUGCCAUCGGAACCGUGAUACGGGUGCAGGUCAGCGCAACAAGACACUUGGGAGUGGCUGCUUAUCUGAUGGCAUUGCCAAUGUGUUAUACGCAA